AUGGUGAAUCAGUCAAGUUACUAUUUCACUUGUGAUGAUGGGACCGGAAAACCAAUAGAAUUCAUUCUUUCAUACUCUGAACAAAUAAUAACUAUUUCAUGUACAUUUAAUUAUCAUAAAUAUUUAUUCAAAGAGGAAAAUACAACCAUUAUUCAUUUCAAAUAUUAUAAAACAUGUAUGAUGAAUAAUAAUAUCAGAUGUUCAAUUGCUAAUGAAGGUAUCAAUUUAGCAGUCAAUGCAUCGGAUGAUGAUCAACACGUAGAGUUUAACCUAUCGCAACAAGAGAGAGACAAUGAUGAGAAAUUAAACAUCAUGUUCGAUGUGAUGAUGAAAGAAAUUAAAGAGUUGAAGGAAAAACUUUGGUAUACCGACAAAAAUUUGAACAAAUUUUCUGAACGCUAUGUGUCUAACUGGUCUUCGUUUCAGAGUAACAUUUCAAGAGGUUUGCUGUUGUUUGGAAACAAAAACAAAGAACAUGAAAUAGUUAGUAUCCAAAGUGAAUUAAUAGUUAGCAACCGAAAAAAGAGACCUUUUGCGGAUAAUCAAAACCAAUAUAAUGUUAAUAUUACUGGUUUUGGACCUCUAGAUUUUUAUCGUAACAGUGGUACUGAUCAUUUUGCUUACAAGGAAGAAAAUUUAGAACCUAUUAUUAUAUAUUUCAAACAUCCAGUUGCAUUCUCAAAUAUUGAGUGUUUGGUUGAUUUAGAUUCUAGUGAUUGUGAUGUUAAUAUUUAUAUUUAUGGUGUGGUCAAACCAAAAGGUGUUGUAAGACCUUUAGGAGAAAUAUAUUAUGACAAAAUUCCAAAAGGUAUGAACAACCAAUUCUGUGAACCUUCUGUAUCUCCAUUUUUCUUAAUGCCUCAACUUACUUUGCUUACCGAAAAAUCCACCAAAACCAAAAAUCUAGUCUCUAUUCUAAUUGAUACAUCAAUUGACUUCGACGGAAUUGGGCUUGCUGCUAGAAAAAAAGAAAGAAAUCAUAUGGAUAACUGGAUAUCUGUUUCUUUUGCAAAUAUAAAGAUCUUUUAA